AUGCCUCCUAGGAGAUCGCACAAAAAGUCUAGAGCCGGCUGCAAGCGGUGCAAGUCGCGCAAGAUCAAGUGCGAUGAGGUCCAUCCAAGGUGCGGCAACUGCGUCAAGCACGGCGUGCCAUGCGACUUUGAGAACCCCGACAUGUUCGACGACCUCCUUACUGCUCUCACACCCUCUCACACCCAAUCGUCACAGUCUCCCAUCGACAGGGCCUCGUCCACAGCACCUUCGCCGUCUGCAUAUCGGGCAAAGACGCCCUCGUUUGCAGGCUCACCCCCUGCCAUGAAUUGCUCGCCGCUCUACACAACGCCUUCUACCGCUACCGUCUCUGCCACGACCACGCCCAACAAUCGACUUCUGGAGUUGCGAUUGAUGCACCAAUUCACGUCGAUGACCUCCCGUACGCUAGUGGUGAACACCCCCGCCACGCAGGAUAUUUGGACAAACACAGUUCCGAGGCUGGCCUUCGGCGGUGCCACCUAUCUGGCGGAUGCUAUGCUUGCCGUGGCUGCAUUACACCUGCGCUCAUUCAACCCAGACGACAGAACACUAAUUAGGGCGUCCCACUCAUACAUGGCGUCUUCGCUGGCGGCGUAUUGCACAACCUUGCAGAAUGGCAUUACCGAAGCCAACGCUGAGUCACUCUUCCUCACAGCAGCUCUGAUUGCUUUCCAGUCAACGGCUACGCGAAUCUUUAUCCGCGACGAGGCCGACCCGAGCGACCCUUCUAGCGCUUACUCUCUCCCUAUUUCUUGGUUCCACGCAUUCCAGGGUGUCAAGACAGUUGUAGCGACAUCUUGGCCCUGGAUUCGCAACAGCGGUGUUGUCAUUCCCAUCAUCGAUUCUCAACCCGUCCUCCAGCUUGAUCUCGAUGCGACCUCGCCCACGUCUUUCUUUGGAAAAUUGCUCGACAAUGUGGAAGAGGAGCUUCAAAACGAAGACACGCUUAUGGCCAUGUCAACCAGACAAUCGUACCAGCAUGCCGUUGCCGUUCUGAAUUGGGCGCACAAACUGCCUCAUCGUGGUGCGGCCCUUGCCUUUCCCGCCACAGUGUCAAAGCGUUUUAUUGAGUUGCUUGAAGAGCGUCGACCUCGCGCCCUGACGAUUCUUGCCUGCUUCUUUGCGCUGCUCAAAGGCUUUGAGUCAGCAGUGUGGUGGCUCGACGGUGUCGCGCGGAGAGAAGUCAUGGGCAUUGUCUCGCAGUUCGAAGCCACAAGCCCCUGGUGGGAGCACCUCGAGUGGCCCGUGCGAAUCGCCCUGUACAAGAAUUCAAUCAUUCCACCAGAAGUCUGGGGAUCAGACUGGGUCACAGAGGAAAGCAAGGCGGACAGGGGCCACAACAUGACUGCUGAGUCGUUUGUAAACCACAUCGAAAUCCUGACGGGUGUUUUUCAAAGAGCGCAGCAGAUCCCAACAACGGGCAUCACGAUCCCGGCGAAUGCGGUGUAA